AUGGCAAAUAGAGAUUUCGAAAAUCAAAGCUUGAAGCGAAAGCACGAAGAAAAUAGGGAAUUUGACGAUCACCAUUUGAAGCGAAAACAUGAAGCAAAUCUCGGCUCUAACAAAUCGAUAAAGUCAUCAAAAACUUCAACUCCUAAUAGCCGUGUUGUUCGUGAACAUUACAACAAAAAACUGGAUGUUGGCGUUGAGAAACGAAAUGAAUCUACAAUAUUGUUUUUAAAAAAUUUCAAUAAUUGGAUUAAAAGUGUUAUAAUUGGGAGAUAUGUUGGUCAAGGUUCUAACGUUCUCGAUAUCGGCUGUGGAAAGGGUGGUGAUCUCCUUAAGUGGAAAGCCGCAAAAAUUUCUGCGCUUGUGGGUCUUG